AUGAGCACAGACACGGUGGAGCAGUCGGAGGCUUCAGCCGAGCAGGCAGAUUUAGAGCAUAACGGAAUCGACUUCACUCGACAAAUCAAGACAGAGGAGAUCAACGACUCGCCUCAUUCAGCCGCCACACUUAAGACAUGUCACCUGACACAGAGUUCUCUGAUGCCUGGAGGUCAGCUGUCUGGGCUCACGUCUCUCCACUCCAUGCAGCAGCUGGUCCUGAUGCCACCGUCUCACCUGUCGUCUUCCUCCUCCUUCCUGCUCUCCCAGAGCCCCAGCAGCCAUCAAGGUGGAGUGCUCACUCUUCUGCAGCAGAACCUGCUGCCCCUCGGCUGCCAGGGUCAAACUGGUCUCCUUCAGCAUCAACCUGGACUGGCUCUGACUCCACAGGCUAUGAGUCGCUCUGGUCUGGGAGGUUCGUCUCUAGAGAACCACAUGGACAUGUCCCACCUGCAGAUGCCCAAACACAUGUCAGUACCACCACAGGAGGAACCCAGUGACCUGGAAGAACUGGAGCAGUUUGCAAAAGCAUUCAAACAAAGACGCAUCAAACUGGGCUUCACUCAGGGAGACGUGGGCCUUGCGAUGGGAAAACUGUACGGGAAUGAUUUCAGCCAGACCACAAUCUCUCGCUUUGAGGCUCUCAACCUCAGCUUUAAAAACAUGUGCAAGCUCAAACCUCUGCUGGAAAAGUGGCUGAGUGACGCAGAGACCUCACCCGCCGACGCGAUGAGCAACCCCACCUCCCUACCGGCACUGAUAGAGGGCUACGGACGCAAACGAAAAAAGAGAACAAGCAUUGAAACGAACAUCAGGCUGACACUGGAGAAACGCUUCCUUGAUAACCCCAAGCCCAACUCAGAGGAGAUAACCCUGAUUUCGGAGCAGCUGUCCAUGGAGAAGGAGGUGGUUCGAGUUUGGUUCUGUAAUAGGCGCCAGAAGGAGAAGAGGAUCUACUGCCCGGUAGCUAGUUUAUCAGUCAAGUCACACAGCUACAACUCCAGAAUGGCCUCAGCAUCCAGAUCCUACAGCCCUGUGCCAUCAGGUGGAGUUUCAUCAAAUUCCUCUCCAAACAGUGCGAGCCGUGAAGCUUCUCCCAACAGUUUGUCCACAUCAUCCAUCUCUUUAACAUCGCAGCUCAACCCAGCUACCUACAGCACACCAGCGUCCUGGUACCGCACAUGGAAUCCAGCAGCAUAUCAUCACUGAGAAACAUGAACUGUACCAUAUGAAGAUUGUUUUGAGAAGGAUGCACACUGAAGAUGUGUGACAGAGUGACACAAUAAUCCCUGUUAUGAACAGGAUUACUACUACAUGCUAAAUCUUAGAUGGACUCGUAAAACAAAAACAGCAGAGGACUGCAAACACACACCAAAUGGCUGUUAGGACAGCCUCGAGCUGUUUGAUUUGUGCUCAUGUGACUCUUUACUCUGCGUAGAUCAGCUGCAAAGAGAAGAAUACACAGAAAGAAAGAAAAAACACAUAAUAUCAUCAACACUAGUGGGGAUUCUCAUGUUUAAGUCUAUAUGCUCAAAUAAUUUUUGUAUAAAUGUGUUCCGAGCUGUUCCUCUUUUUUCUGCCAUCUUUAUACCAGGCUACAAUGAUUGUAUGUUUAUUGUUUAUUGUAUGUUUUUUCGUUCAUAUGAUAGUGAAUGUUGUGUCAGUGAACUGGAUUCAAUCCUACUUUGCGUACUGCUAGCCUGUCUAAAUAAAUAUGCAGCCAAAAUUUUAUAUUGAACAUUAUUUAAGCUUUUUGAUUUGGUUCUUCAAAGGAUAGGAAAAUAGAGAUGUGUUUUACUACAACUUAAAUGUUAUCAUUGCAGUUUUGACCAUCAUAUCUAUCCAAUAUGGGCCGAGAAACAUGAUGCAAAUUCACACAAUUACUUUAUUUACAGGUAAAACCAAAAUGACCUCAAGUGUCGUUGAUAAUCCCUUGAAUUAAGUCUGUCUGUAAACUGUAACGAUGAAUGUUUAGUUUGGUUAAAGAUUUUACUGUCUGCCUUUGUUUUCUCCUCCAAAAUAAGUGUGACUCGCCUGGAGGUUUGUUUACAUCCUCUGCUCAUGUUCCUUUUUGGUGAUGUGGCCCCAGAUCUUCAACUACAAAAAUAAGACCCAUGAUGUAGCCUAAAAAAUUGAUUAUAACACACAUUAAAGGCCCUUAAAACUGCAUUUUCUAACAACGUUAAAACUGUUCAGAUUAUUUCCCAAGAGAUAUUUCCGUAUUUGGGUAUUUUUUUCCCUUGCUUUUGUUCACUGGUUUGGAGUGUCCUAACGAAGCAAAUUAGCUUCCAUGUUUUUGUCAGCAAAAGAGACCAAAACCAACAAUGUGUAACUCUGGCUCUUAAACAUACAAUUUACAUGUAUUAAUCUCUGUAACUUCCUUGGUUAGCUAAAAUAGCCUUAGGACGGAUUUCUGUGGAAAGGAGUGCCUUGCUUCUCUUUAAUUCCCCUACAGCAAAGUUAACAACAAUUUUUAUGUCAGUUAAUUAAUCCAGACUCCUGGGGCUUUUCUGGACGGUAAAAUGGCAGGCUUGCAAUUUGUAAAUUACUUUAACAGCUAACAUUACAAAGCGACCAAUGCCAGAUCCAUGCCACCUAGUUCAGUUACAACUAGCUGGCUAACCUUAGCUUCCAUGCAGCUUGCUUGAUGGCUAACAUUAUC